UCUGGCUACUUUCACGGUCAUGGUGAUAAUGAAUGCUGGAAAUGCCACUGGGACUUUCAAAGGUCUGUUCAGGACAACCCCUGGAAAUAUCUCUGCCAAGUACAGCACUGAUUUCACACCAGCUGGCUGGACUUUCCUCAUCUGGAACGUCAUCUACGCCUGGCAGCUUGCCUGGCUCCUCUAUGCCUUGUCAGGGAUCUGUCGAAGGAAUGAACUUGGAUAUGUCUUCAUAAAACCAGACUUGCUGCCAACACCUUUUUAUGUGGCAUGGUGUUUGAAUAAUUGCCUCAACGUUGGAUGGCUCUUUCUGUGGGACCGAGAAUACCUCCUUCCAGCCCUGGUGUUCCUGGCAGUCCUCUCUCUUACCACAUGUGCCUCCCUUUUUGUUUCCCACCGAGCCUUGAGCAUCCAUUCCUCGUGGUUUGUGAAGGCUCACAAAGCUGAGCUCUGGCUCAUCCGCAUUCUGGUGCAGAACGGGCUGGCCCUGUACCUGACAUGGACCAGCAUCGCCACGCUGCUGAAUUUCGCCGUCGUGCUGAUCUACAAGUGGAACGUGCCCAAUGAGAAAGCAACCACUGCUUCCCUGAGCAUCCUGGCUCUCAGCCUGGUGAUAUGGUUUUAUGUAGAAAACUACUUUCUUGACAAGUAUGUCCGCUAUAACCUCACAGUCUACCCAGUGGUGAUAGCAGCUCUGACUGGCAGUGCGUGCAGGAGCGGCUCGUUUUCAUCCACACUGACCAACGACAUUUUUAUAGGUGAAUCUUCCCAACUCCUGUAA